AGCCAGCCGCUCUUUUACAAACCGCUCAGUCCGCCGGUGUUUUUGUUUCCAGUCACAUCGAUUCAUCAUGGCGAUGCACGCAAAGUCGACCCCGCCACAGAUCCCGGACACCCGCCGGGAACUUGCCGAGCUAGUGAAGAGAAAACAAGACCUCGCUGAGACACUAGUGAACCUGGAAAGACAAAUCUAUGCGUUUGAAGGCAGCUACCUAGAAGACACGCAGAUGUAUGGCAACAUCAUCAGAGGAUGGGAUCGGUACCUCACCAACCAAAAGAACUCUAAUAGUAAGACUGACAGAAGGAAUAGGAAAUUCAAGGAAGCAGAGCGUCUAUUCAGCAAGUCGUCUGUUACAUCAGUUGCAGCAGUAUGUGCACUUGGUGGAAUACCCGAACACAUGAAUGAAAAGCGUGAGGCAGGCAGCGGCACAGAAAGCGACGCGUCUCCGGAUCUCCAGAACCAAGAAAAUGAGCCGAGCCAGGAGGACACGGAAGACGUGGACUCAACGUUGCAGGACUUAAAGCCGCAGAAGGCAGCGUCCUCCUCCUCCUCAUCAGGCAGCCAUCACGCCAGCCACAAAAAGAGGAAGAACAAAAACAGACACAGCCCUUCUGCCAUGUUUGAUUAUGACUUUGAGUUUGACAUGAAAGUGAACAAGAAACCACGAGCUGAUUACUCAACUUAAAAAAAGACAACUGGAAAACCUGGACACAAGAGGAGGAUGCAUGUAGAGAGACACACACACACACACACAAUUUUCUGGACAUUGUGAACUUUGUAUGCCUUGUUUUUGUUGUUGUUUUUUUCUUAAACCGUCAUAUUUCAGCCUGUACUGUGUGCAUUGUAUUGAAACAUUCCCCCUGCCACCACAGUGAAGAUUGUGACCUACGUAUUAAAGUAGAAAUGUUACUGGAGGGCCCGACGAGGACAUUUCCAGGAACACACCAUUUUGGUUUUUUGUAUAGUGUUAAAAAGAAGACUGUAUUUAUUGAUGUUUUUCCAUUGUAUGAAAGAUUUUUGUUAAGCAUCACAUUGUUGUAUAAUCCUCAAUUAUCCCAGAUCCUUUUAUCACGUUUUUUGGGGUUGGUUUUUUUUACAAAAAAAUAAUAAAAUACCAGCAACGUGA